AUGGAAUACGUUCUUAAACAAUGGAAACGAGCCCAAGUGAUCAUUCUAAUUAAACCAGGAAGACUACCAGUACAAGUAACUUUAUACAGACAAAUCUAGCUUCUUCUCAAAAUUACUUGAAAAAUUACUUCUAAAACCUUUAAAACCGUUGAUAGAAGAAACACAGUUUAUACUAAUUUGGAACACUAAUUUGGAUUUCGAAAUAACCACUCAUUCAUCGAUCAGGUCCAUUGCAUCACAAAUGUGAUAAACAAAGCGCUUGAAGAGAAGAAUAAUUGCUACGAAGUAUUCCUUGACGUGGCACAAGCUUUCGAUAAAGUUUGGCACAAAAGAUUGCUUAUAAAUCUAUGUGAACAAUUGCCGCACAAUUUAACCAAAAAAAUAAAAGUAUAUUAAUUUUAAUUGUAAUUUAUUAGUUAUAAAAAUAACAGAUAUAAGAAGGUUCUAUCUACGUAUUUGUUAAGGAAGUAUAUUAAUAUUAAACUGAACUAAAAUCUAUUAAGGUAAACUAAGUUCUAUUAAUAUAAUUUUAUUAAAAUUGUUUACACUGCACUACCCUAGUUAUUCAAUUCAUUAUUUAUUUUCAUAUAUAAUUUAUAUAUUUUAAUUUUACAAUUUGUUUAUUUUUUAGAAGAUUGAGUUUUUAACAAAUAAUUCUUCUUUAAACUUUGAAGAGAAAAUAACAAAGUUAUUGCAGAUUUGGGAAAAUUGCUGUUGUAAAUUGCAAAAAAACCAUUGCCAUGACUUUGAAACACGUAUAUUUACACAUUAUGCUAUUAGGUAAUUUUAUAAUACAUAAUUUAAAUUAUUUUUUUAUUGAACUGUAGGCUAUUUAAAUAUAGGUAUAUUGAAACAUGUAUUAUCAUAUAAAUAAAACAUGUAUAUUAUUAUAUAUUAAAUAUAUUAAAAUAUAAUUUUAAAAUUGGAAAAUAAAAUCUAGAGAUUUUUUCUUGUCCUUCAGUCAGAUGAACUUAUUCAUGCGAUAAGAAUUUUAAAAACUGAUAGGAACUUGUUAUUAUAUCUACUUGACAUCGGACUCGACAUUUUUUUUUCUUUAAAUAUUUUCGUUCAGAUUUUUAAAUCUCGAAUUAAAAAAAUCAUAAUACUACAUUUUGAAAUUUUUUUAUUUGUCUAUUACCUAAAUUGAAUAUUAAAAUAAUAAUUAUCUGCAUUUAUUAUUCCAGUGAAUCGACUAUGUUAUUAUUUCAACGAGAGUGGGAACAUAUUGAACAACAAAUUAAAAAUAAAUUUAUUACAAUUGUAGUACAAAUUAUAUCUUUCUUCGAAAUUAAUAUCAAUUCAGAGGUAUUGAAGACUUUGAAGCAUUUUAUAAAUAUCAUAAACAAUCCGUGGGAUAUUUUACCAAAUUUUAAUGCUCAAAAACAUACGCGAAUGAUGGAAUGUAAUAUUUUACUAAAUAUAUAACUUAUUAACUUAUUUAUUUAACAUUUUUAAUAUAAAUAUAUAUAUAUUUUAUAGUAUUUACCUACAUUCUCAAUAAAGAAAAUGGUUCUAUUAUUGUAAAUCGUGUAAAGGUGUUGUUUCAUGAUCAACAGCUAAAUCUAGCAUUCAAUUUAGCUGAUAUGUUAGUAUAUUUGUACGAACAAUAUUUUAUAAGACGCGACAAUACCAAUUUAUUUCCAGAGGAUGAUUAUGAAUGCUGCAGAGAUAUUUUGUUUAGUUUACUAAUGUACUGUGAUAGAAAAUAUAUUACCCGGAUUGUAUGUUACUUUGUUUAUUUAAAUAUAUAAAACAUUUUUAUAAACUUAAUUAAAAAAAUAUCUUAAUAAUUUUAUUUCAAUUUCAGAUUGAAAAUAUAAAUCCAAUGGAUGAAGGAAAAAGGCUCAUAUUUAAAUACUAUCAUAGAAUUAAGUAUCUUUCAACUUUGGUAAAAGAAGAUUUACCAAUUAAUUAUCCAAAUAUAGUACGAUUUUGUGAAAUGGGUGCCACUAUACUAAUAAAUCAAUCAUUUCAAUACAAAUUCCAAAGUAUGCUUCAAGAAUUUUGUGAGUUGAUGCGCUAUUGGUGUGAUAUUGUGUUUUUGUUGGAGAAAUUUGAAUUAUUUAGCAACCUAAGUGAUCCAUUUUAUAAACAAAGUAUUCUCAACUUUAUUGAGUGGGCCCCUUCAGCUGAUCACUUAUUUUCUAUGGCGGAUAUUUUUUAUGCAAAGGUAAGUGCAAAAAUAAUUAUAUUUUUAAUAAUUAUAAUUUAAUAUUAUGUUGUGAAAUUAUUAUCAACUGAUUGGAUUAACUGCACUAUAUUUUUAAUUUGGAAGAGUAUAGUCUAUUGCAAUAAUAUUGUAAAUAAUUAUUAUCUAUUUUGGUAUAUUAUUAUAUUCUUUUCCAGUAGAUGUUCCUUCACAAUAACCUUAAAGUAUGUGUUNUUAGAAAUUAAUAAUCCUAUUGUAUCAUCCUCGUGACGUCUUUUGGGUGAUCUUUAUUUAUUAGUUUUCUAUCAGAUGGCCAAUUUUACGACAACUUACACAGACUAUCUUACUAUUUAUUUAUUUUAUGAUUUCUAAUUUCUAUCCAUAUCGCCAAUGAAUAACCAAAAAUAGUAUCAUAACUGUACUUGAAAUACCAAUAUCCCUGUGGCCCACCCUUGCAGCGCCACUUAUCAGAUCCAAUUGUAAAUCUUAAUCAUAUCUAUUCGAACUAACAGUGCUUAUUGUAACAAUGGUAUAUUAAAAAUACUUCCAGUCCUAGAUUUAUCAAUUGAAAUAUAUAUGGGCUCCUCUCCAAUAUCUUUAUCAACAGAGCCAAUCAUUUCAUAAUAAAGAGCUGAUGCAUAUAUUUUACGAAUCAUACAUUUAUCUUGAACAUUUUUUUGUUAUUGUAUUAUUGUAUUUUGAUAAUUAAACAGCAUAUAAACAUUAUUUGGAAGAAAAAAAUAGCCGAUAUUGGAGAUGGGUACGUCACUUUUAUAUACUUUUAGCACUGAGAGAGCGCAACUCGUCUGUGCAACCAAAUGAAAGUUCUCCGCAGUGUCUAAUUUCUCUCGCCAAUUUGGACUGCUGAGAAUCAUCGUCUGUGGGAGAUGUGCGGACUACGACACGUUUUGGUUGCCGUCGACUAGCGCUCUCUCAGCGCCUGUAGUAUACUUUUGUAGGUGGGGAAAAGUCUUUAAUAUGUUAACCAGUAUAAUUUUCCAAAAAUGUUUUUGAAGUGGAUUUUAUAAUCUUUAUAAGGGGAUGUUGGAAGCUUAAAACACAUAGCAUAAAUUAAGUGAAAAUGCUGAGUUCUUAUGUUUGAAUAAUUUUUUUUAAAUAUUUGUUUCAUUUGUUGGUUUCUUGUUGAAUUACUAAGGUGUUUUGAUGCACUUAAACGUUUAGUAUUUAUUCAUUAAUAGAAGUAUAAAUAAAGAAAUACCUAAUUAACUAUUGAUUUUCCAUAAUGUUUUUUAAAUUAUUGUAUAAUAUUAUAAUUGUUUUCCCCAUAAAUUUGUUCUUUUAAUUAGUAGGGUAGACAAAAAAAAAAAAUGUUCCAGUUUGUUUUCAGUGAUUUUAGUUAAAUAACGCAAUUUGUAUGUAUUUUUUUUUAUCAUACUAUAAAUUAUAAUUAACUAAAAAUAGCCUGAAGCUAAAUGAUCAUAAUUUAAUAAGGAACAAAUAUUGUCCUGUAUACGAAUUGCGUUAAUCUAAAAUCGUUACUCGCAAACUGGAAAAAAUAAUUUUUUGGUACACCCUACUAAUUAUAAUAAUUUUAGUAUUUUUUUAAUAUACAUUAAAAAUUAGGCGGUUUCCAUAAUAAUGUGGGUUACAGCUACUGUUGAAAAUCCUGUUUUACACAAAUAUGAAGUCGCAACUGGUAUUAAUAGAAUGCUAAUUUGCUAAUUUCGUGAUGUUUAUCUUUUAUGUAAUCUCAAGUUUCAAAAUGCUAAAAGACUAAUGGUCUAAAGCAAGAGUUGACUGGUUGGUUUGAAAAUAGGAAUUUUCCAAAUAGCCUAGAUCGUAAUAUGUCUUAAAGACCUGACAUUUCUAUAUAAUACUUGACUUACUUGCAUUAUUUAAACAUUUCGUAAAAAUAUGUAUGCCAAGACACAAAUAAUAAUAUUCUUAUUAAUGUACUUAUAGGUAAAGACUUAUAGGUUCUGUGCGGAAAGAGGAAUGUAUUGAUUUUACAAUGAUGUUAAGAUAAUUUUUUUUAUUUUAUACUGCCUACAAAAAUUCUACUAGAAAUCUUUCUUCGAUAUCUCAUGUGUAGCACUUUUUCUGAAAUGGAAUUUUUUUUAGGUCGUACUUUAAGAAGAUCAUUUUUUGAUUUUCCGAGUAAUUUUCAUAACAAUUGGGAAAAAAUAUAGGAAGAACGGGAAAAUGUAUGAAAAUAAUGUCUUUAUAAUUUUCAAUUUUGUUUUUUUUGGUGUAAUUCAGUUCAAAAUGGGCAUAAAGAAUUUGGGGGAAAAAAUUAAAUUUUCCUUUUUUAGACAUGGUACAAUUUAAAAAAAGACCAAAAUAUGACGUUUUGCCAAAAUAUCUAGGACAUUUUGCAUUUCUAAAAUUUGUAUGAUUUUGGCGUUUAUCCGUAAUGGCUGUAACAUAAUAUACAUUGUAUUAUAUUCAUAUCAAAUGCACAAACAUAUUUGCAACAAUUUUAAAGUAAUAUAAAUCUUUUUUUUCUUCAAACCACUCUAUGAUGACUACAGUUUGGAUAUCCACGUAGAUAUCACUAUAUGUAAUAUAGACAAACAAUUACCCUAGUUAUAUCAUUAUCACUAUUUUUUGGAAACACUGAUAAAACUACCCAAGAAAUGAUAGAUAACACGAUUAUAAAAAUUAUAUCAUUUUAUUGCCUAUUUUUUAUAAACAUUUCCGUUUAAAGUCUUAUAUUGAUCUACUUGGUCUAAAGGUAAAUGUUUUAGAUAAAUGUAGUUUUUAUUUCACACUUACUCUCUUCGUCACAGUUUCAGAACCGUUGAACUAUGUGUCAAUACUUGACAUGCCCAUACUAAAUUCAUAAUUGAAAAAAUGUAUUUGUAUUUAUUUUUAGAUUAUAAUUUUGGGUUUAUCAUAAUUAUAAAAGAAAAUUUUUGUUUACAGUUUGGUUCUUCAUUUUCCAAGCCAGUAUAUGUGAAAAUAUAUAUUCGUGCAUUGUCUAUGACUCUUGAUGAAAUGAAUUACUAUAAAAGGAAUGGCCCAAAACAAAAUGCAUUGCUAUCAGCAAAACGUUGUACUCAAAGAUAUUUGAAAUUAGCCGAUUUGUUUGAAGAUGUAUUACUUGUACAUCGGGAAUGUGUUUUGACGGCAUUUCAGAUAAUGCCUUCGAAGGACCUUAUGGAUAGAAUUGAAAAUUUGGCCAUUCAAAGCGGUAUAUUAAAGUCAAACCAUUCUAAGAGGACUUCCUCUAGACAAGCUAAAAAAAAUAAUACUGAAGUAAAUAGGAAUAAUUAUGACAGAGAUUUGUUUCUAAGUCGUAGAGAUUGUACUACCUUGAUUCAUUCUACCCUUACAAAUUUACAACCAGAGUUGUUUAAUACAUCACUUAUAAAUAAACUAUUAAACAUUGUGAGAGCACCUCGGAUGGAAUGCUUUCAUUGGGACCUGCCAUGGUUAGCUAUUAAAAUAGAAUGUGAAGUGUUUUUAACUAACUUGGAUCAAAUAAUAAACAAAAAUUUGCUUCAACGUAGUGAUUUAGGAUACACUCGUGAAUUUCAUGGAAAAUAUUAUGAUAUGAUGAAAAUUAAAAAGAAAGCUAAAGUCAAUGAAGAAUCAAUCAAGACGGAUUCCCUGGAGGAAAUAAUCAAGAAGUUCAACAAACAGACAAUUUAA